AUGUCGGCUGCAGCAAUAGAGAACCAAGCAGCACACCUGAAUAAGCUUUGCUACGAAGUAGUCACGAAUUCGCAAAUCGAGCGCUCUGAGAUUGCUGAGAAGGAAAAUUUCCGCGUCUUUAUCGAAGAAAUCGUCCGAAAAACCAUCACUGAUCACGAACAAGAACAAGCUCAGAGAUACGAUUUUCCUUCUCAGAGCGUCGAGCUCAAGUGCUAUGGCAGUCUCUCUUCUGGGUUCGCCACGAAGGAUGCCGACAUGGACCUUGCCAUUUUCUCGCCUUUGUCACCUGUACAACCAGACGCCCAUGGCUCGCCUAUUCCCAGAAUUGUGGAAAAGGCACUUCUCGAUGCUGGAUUCGGAGCCCGCUUACUGCCCCGGACAAGAGUGCCCAUCAUCAAAGUGUGCGAGCGGCCACCAGCUGGCUUCUACCAGAACCUUGUGCACUUCCGCGCUCAGUGGGAACAAGGAUUGGAUCCAUCACAGCUGCACAAUUCCAAAGCAAACGCCGGCUCAAGGGCUGCAGAAGCUGGAAAAGACGUCGGAGAAGCCAAGGAUGGAGCCAUCGAAGCAGAACCUCCAGCGAAAGACGAUGCCAAAAGACCAAAACCUGGUGCCAUCUAUUUUACUAUACCCCUGAUUCAAACAGAGGGUGAAAAAGAAGUAUACCUCGGUCAAAACGAAUCUUCCCUUCGACAGUACAGUGAGCGUGCUCUGGCGAUAAUGGGCUGGAUCGGCUUACGUCGAGGUUUCGGUCGUCACAAGAACGAACCGACCUUCAAGUCGGAGGAAUGGCAAGCAUCAGAACGGAUCUCUUGUGCCUUCAUCCAGGGAUUGGGCGACAAAUCGCUAAGUGAAAGCCUUCAGGCAUAUCCCUCCCUUCAAUUUGCCACAGACGGCAGCAUAGCCUGCCACUUUGUAGAGACGACAAUCAAGCAAGUGGAAGGCGAAGAUUUGCUCAGAGGCCUUGGCAACACCAGCGAUGAGCAAAGUGUCAUGAACAGGUGGCGAAAGCUGAUGGAAUUGCCGGUUACGUAUAUCCAUCCCGAUGCUUUUGGGAGGGAAGUUGAGAGCGUUCUCCGCGACAUACGUGCCCUUCCUUCGAUUCAGUUGCAGGCUUUGCAUCAACCUUUACAUCAGACGCCAUCAAAGUAUCACUAUCGCGCUGAGGAGAUUCGGAAACAAUUCGAGGACAAGGGUGUUACAAUCUCUCAAAGUCUGCUUGCAAACAAAUAUAUCCAAGGCAUAUCGGACGAAACGAUGAGAAGGGACAUGCUUGAAUAUAUGUCGUCUCGCGGGGACCAGGCUACGCUAUCAGCAGUGGCGACCAAACACAAGGCUCUGCAAUUAGCAGGCGAGUACGAGGAGGCUCUCCGGCAAGACAACAUAUUCAAGGAAGAGGUAGCCGAUGAUAUCAACGCCUACAUUCGCCUUUUGCGGUCGCCCCUGGGACAGGUAAACGACGGCUCAGGCGCUACGGGUGAGGGUAUCCCAGUCACAGACGAGUACCGCUCUCUCGUUCAAAGAAUUCAAGCCUUGCCAGAUCCUCACGCCACCCUCGACAUGCAAAAGGGCGUGGUCAAGGACUUGCUGAACUUCCCUGAGAAGGACGCAGGUGUCCAAUGCGACAUCAACUUCUCGGCACAUCUCGGAUUCCAGAACACUAUUCUGCUCAGGUGCUACGCCCAUACGGACCCGCGCGUGCGACCGAUGAUUCUCUUCGUGAAACACUGGGCGAAGAUGCGGAACAUCAACUCGGCCUAUCUGGGAACUCUGAGCAGCUACGGGUACGUCUUGAUGGUCCUCCACUAUCUUGUCAACGUGGCGCAGCCGUUUGUUUGUCCCAAUCUACAGCAGCUUGCGCCUCCUGUGCCACCACAAAUGUCGCCGCUGGAAUACGAGAACACAGUUGAGGUGAAGGGUGCCAACAUCCGCUUUUGGAGAAACGAGGCUGAGAUCCAGCACCUCGCUGCUACCAGUCAACUCAACAGAAACACAUCCUCCGUCGGACAUUUGAUCAGGGGUUUCUUUGAGUACUAUGCUCGCAGUGGCCAGAUCCGACAUAUGCACAGCAGAGGCUUUGACUGGGCCCAAGGCGUCAUCAGCUUGCGCACCCCUGGUGGUCUGUUAUCAAAGCAGUCAAAGGACUGGGUCCAUGCCAAGCACGCAUAUCAAGGAAAGUACGGCAAGUUCUUCCUCGACAAGACGGAGGCUUUGGGAAGUCUUCCGAAAGGUGACGAGGUGAAGGAGGUUCGGUUGCGUUACCUUUUAGCUAUUGAGGAUCCAUUUGAGCUGGAUCACAAUGUGGCCCGCACUGUCACGCACACUGGCGUCGUAGCUAUUCGAGACGAGUUCCGGAGAGCAUGGAAACUACUGCACGAGGCCGGAGAGGGGCCAGGCCAACUGGACGAGCUGUUGGAGGAUGCAAGGCCGUCUAAAGAGCCUGAGCACUCACUAACGAAUCUCAUGAAAGAGAUACAUGGGGCAUAUUUGUUUGAGUAG